AUGGCUGAAGACCUAACGAGGGAUGAGCGUGAAAGAAUGUUGAGCUAUCUGAUCAAUCUCAUGGCGCUCGUCAUGCCAUCUGACUCUCCCACCAAUGGUGAGUUCCGGCGUCACACUACGCCGCUCUUGGGCUUUCCUCGACAACUAUGGAUGGCAACAUGGAACUACAAUUACAAAGAGGGCAUACGUAGUGGAUGCGGCUAUUUGGUUUCGAAUUACUGGAGUGUUUGCGGAUGGAUGGGUCCUUUCUUCUGUGCUCUUGUUUUCGCCACCACCGUCCGGUCAUACUUCAAUUAUAGAGAGGAUGAUGCUGAAGGGCUGCUUAGAUACGCUCAUAGAACAGCCUUCUUACUGGCUUUACUCAUUGCGCUGCUUCAAGCUUUAACCUGCUUGCUCGACUUGAUUUUCCUGAUAAAUCAGAGAUUGAGACUUUGGUGGAUUGACUGCAAAUUGGAGGGGUUUAUUGAGACUCACUACAAAGAAAAUGACAUGUCCAGGGAGCAGAACAUCAAUUUGAUCAUACAGGCUGUCCAGCUGUUUGGUUCGGAAAAUGUUGAUAACAAGACUGUUAGGAUGGUUUUUGCAAGAAAGGAGUACUCUGACGAGAACAUACACGAUGUGGCUGCCAUUUUUGCCAAUAACUAUUGCUCGGCUCCGGCGAAGGAAGGUGAGGAUGUUUUUUUUGUUCUUGUCAAACUAAAAAAUUACUUCAUUCGCAAGAAUCUUCCAUCAAGAGAAUACGACCAAUUGCUCCAGAAAGUUUUGCUGGGUAAGCUGGCAAAGUUGAAGCGGUGGUAUCCAGGCAAAUGGAUUAGGUCUUAUACCGCUCCCUGCUUAUGCGCAUUGAUGUUGGCCCUACUUUUAUUUGCUACUCAGGACAGCUUGAAAUCGUGGGGGGAUGUUGUACGCGAGCUUGAAUCCUCCGGCAUUCCAAUAUUGCUACCCAGUUUCUUAAUGCCGCUUGUUGCUGUGAUCUUCAAUAUUUAA